GGAUAUGGUGGAAGAAGACGUUCGACAACUCCUUCCCCCUGCACGUUUGAGUUUCUGGAGCUCUGGCGUGGUGCUCCUUGGAAUCCCGUUUUUGAAUGGCAAGAAGCUGAGAUGUCUGGUCGAUGUGUGGAACAGAUUUCGAAUGAGUUGAAAGAAUACUACAACGUUGAGGGCCUGGACGACGUUCGGGUGAUACGCGACCGGCAAACGAAGGUUUCUCGUCAGCUGGGUUUCUUGAGAUUUCGCGAUCUCAAUCAGUCGCGUGCGUUUGUCGAGCGGAACUUCCCAAACAUAUACCUGCACGGCCCGAGCGCACAGAACGACCGCGGCACGAAAGUGCGCAUCGCUUACAGUCGCGAGAGAGAAGACCGUGCUCGGGCCCGAGCAGAGGCUGACUGGACCUGCAUGAUGUGUUCCAUUGUCAAUUAUUCCACCCGCCAAAAGUGCUUUCGUUGUCAAGCACCCCGACCUGAUGGGGGCCCGGCCGGUCCUCCUGGACUACCGGCACCGAAAGUCGAGAACCACGGUGAUAAUGACGCGGCGCCUGAGAAUCAGCCUUCGCAGUUUCUCCUCUUUCGCGGACUGGAAUCCUCGGUUACCGAGGAGCUGCUGGCUAAGGGGGUUGCCAAGUUAUACCGGCCUUCCUCGUCCAGCAACGAUGCUACCGGAGGUCAAAAGAAGGGAGCUAAAGUGGCUUCCACUACCGGGGACUCGAACCUUGGCGCUCGGGAUGGUUCCAUUCGUCGUGUGCUGCUUGUGCGAGGGCGCAAAUCCAACGAAAGCUGGCGCUAUGGGUUUGCGGAGUUUGCUACAAUUCAGGACGCACAAGCGGCCAUCACGCGGCUGAACUCAUUCGAUAAGUUUACCAUCUCGUCGCGACCUGUCCUUGUCAGCUACAUCCACGCCGGGGUCUUUGUUCCGGUGCUAAACCCCACUCCGAACAAUGAACGAUUUACGUUCAGCCCGCUGAACAACCCGUCUUUGAAACUGAUGUAUUGGGACGAAGAGGCGUACGUGAAGGAGCUUACAGUGUCCACGGCAGAAUUGGACAGCGGCAAGGCGGACAAGGCGGGUCAGGAAGGACCGACCAAGGGCACCCGAGAUGCCGACAAAGCUAAGAAACGCAAGGCGGAUGCGGCAGCGAGUGCAGCGGCCAAGAAGAUGGCGGUCCCGUCGCAUCUGCAGUUCUGGAGUAAUCGCCAUGCGGAGCUGCAUGGGAUCCAGAAGAAGGAGGGCGAGGACAAAAGCGGCGCGGAGCCGACGUCCGAGGCGGCCGCAUCGCCAGUGGAUAUGGCCGCGCCCCCGAGUCAAUCCUAUGCCAACCCCCAGCAGAGCUGCUGCUAUCUGUGCAUGCGCAAGUUCAAGUCCACGGCCCAGGUCAACCUGCAUGAACGGCUCAGUCAGAUGCACCGCGACAACCUGCAGAACGAGGAGCGGAUUGCGCAUGCCACUCGUAAGCUUGUCAAACACGGGAUCAUCCCGCAACCGACGGAGUAUCGGGAUCGCGCCCGGGAACGCAGACAGGCAUUCGGCCGAGCCAAGGCUGGGGCUAAGCCGCGGCCCGCGGCGCCGGCUGCGAAGGACGAGGAGCCUGCGGUGCAGGUCCCGUCCAAGGGCGCUUCGCUGCUGAGCAAGAUGGGGUGGUCCGCGGGGUCUGGCCUGGGAGCUCAGGGCACUGGAAUGACGGCUCCGAUUGCCACGGAGGUGUACGCGCAGGGGGUUGGGUUGGGGGCGCAGGGGAGUAAAUUGGGCGAGGCCAGUGAGGAGGCGGGGCGAAACACGCGGGGGCGAUACGAUGAGUUUCUGGAGAAGACGCGACAGACGGCUCGAGAGCGAUACGAGAAGAUGGAGCAAUAGGACGAGAGAAUGGUAAUUGAGUGUUUCAAUUUUGUGUCUGCUGUAGAUGCAGUAAACACCAAAAGGGUUGUCAGGUUAGUAGAUGAUGCAGAUGCAGUAAAUACAAGAGUAGGGUAUUGUAUGUAUGUAUGCCACGAGCGAAGCAAAGAAAAAA